AUGAGUGAGAAAGGUAGAGAGAGAAGUAGAGAGCGGGUGACAGGUCGUUCUUCUUCCGAUAAAGAAUGGACUGUUUUCGUAGACAAUCUUAGUAAGAGAGUUACUAGAAGAGAGUUAAGAGAGAUCUUCGAUAUUUAUGGUCGUGUUUUAAGGGUCUAUAUUCCAAGUUUUAUGGUGAAACCAAAUUAUAAGUCAUCAACGUUUGCCUUUGUGCAAUAUGCGAUGGAGGAAGGUUGUAGAAGAGCGAUUCAGAACGUCAAUGGAACGCUGAUAGAUGGGAAGAGAGUCUCAGUGGGGGUUGCAAAGUAUCAGAAGGAAAGGAGAAGAGCAACUGAUGACAAAAAGUUCCAGGUGAAAGGCAACAAGCAUGUGCGAGGGGAGGAAGGUAGGCAGCAGGUGGUAAUGGAAAGCCGAGCAGCCCGAGGGAUGGCAGAACGUAUAAGGAGGUGGUGA